GACACCUGGACCAACCUGUAGAGAACACAACAUUAUAUCAGGACCUAUAGACACCUGGACCAACCUGUAGAGAACACAACAUUAUAUCAGGACCUAUAGAGACCUGGACCAACCUGUAGAGAACACAACAUUAUAUCAGGACCUAUAGACACCUGGACCAACCUGGAGAGAACAACAACAAGAUGAGGAUCCUGCUGAUAGUCAUCCUCCUCUCCUUCAUGACAGGUCGUUUGAGCUCCUUCAAAGUGACAGGAUACUCUGGAGGAACUGUCAUCAUCUCCUGUCAUUAUUCCACAGAAGACAGAAGUCGUGACAAAUAUUUCUGCGUGAGGCAGUAUAGUUAUAGUUUGAGUUGUGAGGAUCAAAUCAGAACUGGAUUGAGGAACACCUGGGUGCACAGUGGUAGAUUCUCUCUGUAUGACAACACUGGAGGAAACUACUUCAAGGUGAUCAUCAGACAACUGACCAGACCAGAUGAAGGGACCUACUGGUGUGGAGUGGACAUACCUACUAUACCUGACAGUUAUACCAAGGUAGAGCUGGAGGUGAAGAAGGAUGACUGCUGUGAGAAGUCAGUCACAGAGACGGCCUUUCUGGGAGGAGAAGCUUCCAUCAGAUGCAACUAUCCAGAGGACAAUGAGGACGACAUCAAGUAUUUCUGCAAAGAAGACAGUGAAUCUGACUGUGAAAACAAGAUAUCAGAUACACAUCAUGAAAAACCUAGAAGAUAUUCUCUUUCUAAGAGAAGAAGAGAGAGAUUCUCCACAGUGACCAUCAGUGACCUGACUGAAGAUGAUACUGGGACCUACUGGUGUGGAGUAGAAACCAACAGGACAGAACAACGUUACAUUACACUGAUCACACAGGUGAAGCUGCUUGUUAUAAUGAAACCAACCAACACCACAACAACAACAACAACAACUGCACCACCAGACCCACCCACAACCACCUUCCUCUCACCACCAUCAUCAUCAUCAUCAUCAUCAUCACUCAACGGCUCUGGUACCUCAGUGGUCAUCAUGGUGUCUGUUAGUCUGGUAGUGUUACUGCUGCUGAUCAGCCUGAUCCUAGUCUACAGAUGGAAAUACAACAAGGUCACAGGAUCUGUCUCUUCAACACACAGAGUGAGUCCAGACACAGUAAACAAUGACGGGGGUUGUCAUGGUGACGGUGACUAUGAGGAGAUAAUGGAGCGCCCCCUACAGUCAGACUCAGAUGCUGCGACCUCCACCAUCUACGCCACCGCCAACUUACCCACAAGCUACUCUGACUCUCCCCAUUACGCCAGCGUCAACUUCCACAACAACCCCAGUAGCCCCAAUGAAGCAACUGCCACCAUCACUGACGAGGGAAGCUGCCCCAAUGAGGACAUUGCUGCCAUUACCGAAGAGGGCACUUCAUCAUGUGACUAUGCUAAUGUGAACUGUCAAAGCCCCACCUACUCUACUGUCAAUCAUCCACACUGUUCCUCUGAGGCUCCUCCCAUCUCCUCCACGGGCAGCAUACCCAUAGACACUUGAGUCACUGGCAACCAAUCACAAGAUACAUACACUCACAGUCUACUUCAUGUUCUCUCAGUGACAGUGAGUUUGUAUGUCUUGCCCUGUUGAGCGGAAGUGCCACUUUAUGGAAAAUGUACAGAAAAUGUCCUGCACAAAACUGACAGUGAUAUAGGGGUGGAGUCAACAAACUCCGCCUUCGCAGUUUAAACUGUUCAAUAUGAGCGCAGCCACCCAGUAGAUGAUGAUGAUGAUGACGAGCAUUAUAAUAAUUAUAAUUUUACAGUGAUGUUGUUUUGUCUUCAUUGUAUUUAUGAUUGUACAUUCUUAACUAAAUAAUAACAUCUGACUUCUCUAGACUGUUCCUCCUGACAGCAAAGAUAAUCUAUUAUGGGAUGCAGGUAGCCCAGCAGUUAAGAGUGUUGGGCCAGUAACUGGAUGUGUUGUGUGUUAAGGGGGAUGUGUUGUGUUAAGGGGAAUGUGUUGUGUUAAGGGAGAUGUGUUGUGUUAAGGUGGAUGUGUUGUGUUAAGGGGAAUGUGUACAGUUGAGGAAACUCAUCAGUACAUUAAAUGAUGAUUUUGGUUUAAUAUAAAUCUGUCAUAAUUUUAUUGUGGUGGUUUUAUAAUGUGAUUUUGUCUGACUUCUAUGUAGUAUAGUAUAUUAUUACCUAAAUAAAAAAUUG